AUGCCGGACACGAGGCAGCAGAGCUUUGACGAGAUCUACGGGCCGCCAGAGAACUUUCUCGAGAUUGAGGUACGGAACCCUCGAACGCACGGCAUGGGCCGGUCCAUGUACACCGACUACGAGAUCGUCUGCCGCACCAACAUCCCGGCCUUCAAGCUGCGCCAGAGCAGCGUGCGCAGGCGAUACUCGGACUUUGAGUACUUUCGCGACAUCCUCGAGCGCGAGAGCGCCCGCGUGACGAUCCCGCCCCUGCCCGGCAAGGUCUUUACCAAUCGCUUCAGCGACGAUGUCAUCGAGAACCGGCGGGCGGGCCUCGAGAAGUUUCUCAAGAUUGUCGUGGGACACCCGCUGCUGCAGACCGGCAGCAAGGUGUUGGCCGCCUUUGUUCAGGACCCGAACUGGGACCGCAACGCAUGGUGA